AGCUCCGUCGCCGUUCCAUCGCAUUCAUUCCCUCUCUUGAGCUCCGUCGCCGUCGGCCCUCCAUCUCGCUCCGGUCUCUCACUUCCCGUCGCCGUCGCCGUCUGGUUUUCACAAACAAUUUCCAUUUAGGAAUAGGCUUGAAAAGGCUUCACAACAUAAGCUUUUAGAGAAGGUAGUUGCAUAGUGAUAUUGCAGUAUGGCUGCUGUUCCUGCUCAGCUCCCUGAUGAGUUUGGUCCUGGGCCCACUGACGAUUCGGUGUUAAGGUUUAUAAAAACACAUCGAGCGUGCGCUGUUUGGGAAGGCAAGGAUCCAGGGCCACUGAAAUGCCGCGGUCGUAAUGACGAGUUCCGAAAACGACGCCGGAUAGUGGUGGAUGAUCGUAUCGUCGACAUUGUGAAGAGAGUUGGAUUAGAGGGGCUGUAUAGGACCCCAGGUAGAGAGAUUGAUCAUAACCUGAUCACGGCCUUCGUUGAGCGAUGGCGGCCUGAAACCCACACCUUCCACCUGCCACAUGGUGAGACAACGAUCACAUUACAAGAUGUGGAGGUUCUUUUCGGGAUUCCAAUCGAUGGUGAGGCAAUUGUUGGAACAACUGACUUGAAAUGGAAAGAUGAAUGUCAGAGUCUGCUUGGAAUUGCUACUAAUGACACCACGCUUAAAGGACAAAGGAUCCAAAUAAAGAAGCUACUAGAAAAAAUUGACGAAGGGUUGCCCGAUGAUGCAACAGAGGUGGUUGUGCAUCAAUAUGCACGGUGUUAUAUCCUAGCACUCCUGGCAGACACAAUUUUCGCCGACAAGUCUGGUGAUAGGGUGCAUACAAUGUGGUUGCAGAUGCUGAGGGACCUACGGAAUCCACCUCAGUACAGUUGGGGGAGCGCUUGCCUUGCAUGGCUGUACAGAGAGUUAUGCAAGGCAACCGACAAAGGUGCUAGUCAGAUUGGUGGGGCCUUGUUGCUAGUUCAGUAUUGGGCAUGGGUCAGAUUCCCUUUUUUGUGCCCAAGGAUGGACCUCCCACCAGAUGGUGCAUAUGGCCCACCAUUUGCACCUUCUCCAUUGUCUAUUAAGACUGUGUGGGUUGUGAACACCUUGAAUAGCCCCGCCGAAAUCUGUCUGGUCCGGUACCGUCAGCUUUUAGAUUGUAUGCAUCCAAAGCAGGUGGUGUGGCAACCAUAUGAAACUGAAUUAGCCCACCUGCCUGCGUUUUGUGUCGCCGGAAGGGAUGUAUGGACGGCGAGGGUACCGCUUGUAUGUUUCUGGCUAGUAGAGAAACAUACACCGGACCGUGUUGUUCGUCAGUUCGGGAUGGUACAAGAACCCCCCCCAUAUGUUGAUACUGACGAAGCCCUUCAUGCCAUAGACUUGAGGGGGAAGAUGGAGGUGAAUUGGAGGGACAGACAUUAUGGCCAUAUCCGAGUAUGGAAUACUCGAGCACGAUCUCUAUGUCCUGGAGCAUGA